UCUCAGUUCAGUGCCGCUUGCAGCUUUGCUGCGCUGGCACCCAUGGAGCCAUGGGCAGGAGAUUGCGAGCCAGAGCCGCUUCGCGUUCCAAGAAGUUUUGGCUGCAGCAGCAGCUCCGGGAAGGUCAGACAGCGUCCAGCCAGCUGCAGAUUGCGCAUGCUCUCGCGCAGCUGCGCAAGGGUGGCUUUCUCGCAUCACCCCAGGAAAAUGCCGUUGCCAUUCAUGCCCUGGGAAGAGUGGGAUGGUGGCAAGAUGCUCUGGCGCUGCUAUCAGCCCGUGCGGAAGGAAACACAGAAAGCACCUCGAUGUGCAACGCAGCGCUCGGGGCUUUGGAGACUGCACCGCUGCGCUGGCAACGGUCCUGUAUGCUGUGGGCUGGCACAAAGUCGCCAGAUAUCAGCACACGCAACUCUGUGACUACCGCGCUGAGAGGUGCCCUCCUUUGGGAGCAAUCUCUCAGCUUUUCUGCAGCAUCUGCUGCGGCAAGUUGCAGAAUACGCGAAGGCGAGAGAGGGGCAGCCAGCAAGUCUGAAAACAUUGUGUGCUACAACAUUCUGCUGGCUGCCGCCGAUGCUGUUCGUUGCUCUUGGCGCAGGACGAUUGAGCACCUCAGGGCUUUCGCGGUUGCUGAGAAGGACGUGGUGUCGCUCAACUCCGCCUUAAGUGCCCUCGGAUCCAAAGCACAAUGGAAAACGUGCUGCGGGGUGAUCUGCGCAGCUUGCAGCUCCCGAGUGGACUUGGACUGCAUUGCCAUCAACACAGCCAUUGCCACGGUGGGCCGUUGGCCACUAGGGAUGGAGACAAUGUGGGCGGCCCGCAGGGGGCAGAUUCGACCAGAUGCCGCGAGUUUCAACCCCAUCAUCGGGGCAGCCCAGGUUUCCUGGAAUUUUGCCAUGCAGACUUUUGAGACUCUUCGUGUAACAUCAACGCCAAGCCUGGUUUCCAUCAACGUCUUCCUGCGAGCAAUGGGGGAUGGCCACUGGCGCUGGGAGUGUGCCGUGCAGACCUUGGAAGAUCUACAGUGGCAAGGUUGUCACAAGGAGAAACUGAAACCCGAUCUCUUCACUUUCUCCUCGCUGGCCUUCAUUCUGCAGGGCUAUGCGCGCUGGGAGCAAGCCCUGCAUUUGGCACAGGGCUGCGGGGGAGGAAGGGCCGCACCGCUUGCGUCGAAAGCUCCUAGUGCUUCAAGUGCUCCCAUGCUCCAAGCGGUGGUGGCUGCAGCAGAGCUUGCCGGCUGCUGGGAGCGAACCCUGGAUUUGCUCUGGUGGGCCAAGGCCAGGUCCACAGAGACCGCUCCCAGUGCAGCGACGGCCGCGAGCGCCAUGUCCAAAAGCAAGCAAUGGCAGAAGGCUCUAGGAUGCACUCGCUUCUCUGGUCCUUUGAAAUUAAUGGCAAUUAACUCGGCCUUGGCUGCUCACGUGCGAGGGCUGCAGUGGAAUGUGGUGCUUUCUGCGUUGCGGGCCAUGGCAUCUUCGAUGCUGCAGGCGGAUGACUUCACCUGCACCUCCGCCAUCACUGCUUGCGAGAAGGGCCGCUGGCCAAUCUCAUUGAGAGUACUUCAGUCAAUACGGCGAUUGAGUGCGGAGGCAUCAUGGCCCACUGUGAAUGCUGCACUCAGUUCCUGUGGCACUGGCAGGACCUGGAGGUUUUCCAUGAACCUCCUGGAUCCGCUGACAGGUGAUGCGUCCGAGGAAAGCCGACCAGGGGUAGCAGCGACUUUGCUUGCCCUUGCCGAAGAAGGGCAGUGGUCAAUCGCAGCAGGCCUGUUGGACAAGCUUUCAGCAAGGAGCGUGAAGCCCGACAUAGCCAGCUGUGGUCCGUUGCUGAUGUAUUGCGAGCAAGCAGGACUUGUUGGUCAGGAGAAUGUGCUCCUCACCUUGGGCGAUGUCGGCAUGGACGCCCAGGCCAAUCUCGCCCAGUUGGCUCAAAUGGUGGGGAAAAUGUGCGAGGGAGCAAACGUGGCGCUGCGGCUGAGGCUGUGAAUGAGAGUAGCUUUUGCAUUGUGCAACAGACUGUGCUACAGUAGGGUGC